CGAAGGAGGGAGACAAAUCGUCAUAGGGCACGAACAGUGAGGACCAACCCUCUGUGUGUUGAGUCCUGCCCCGCGCCGCUCGCACAUCGCACUCGCGGAUCGACAGAACCAGUCCUCCCUCCUCCGCCGUGGGACUACAGUUCUUCUGCUGCUGCUGCUGCAACCGUUCACUGGAUGUUUGCACGUAAAACAGGCUGGCUCUCAUCGCCUCCUAGUGUGCAGCCCUGGCAUUGAAAAUUUUUUCUUUUUCUUUCUUUUUAUUAAAUGGAGGCAAAUUCUCAAACCACAGGAAAUCCUGUUUCGUAGCUUCAAAGAGAACACUUUCCCCCCAAAACUGCCGUCUUGUUCUCUCCUUUUAAGAAGAAAGAAGAAAUAAUGCACAACCAGAGGACUAUAUGACACAUUAUCUGUGGAUCUAAUUUCAAAAACACAAGAGAAGGAGGAGGGAAAAAAACUGCACAUACCUGUGGGAAAUAACAAAAAUGGUCACAGAGUCUUCCCAUGCUGCCUACGCUGCUGUAGCUCCGUCUGCGAUCCCCAUGUCGCCUUCGACAGGAAACCUGCUGAGGAUGUUCCGUGAGUACCAGAGCAACGCCGUCAUCCUCCAGCACUACAACUACACGGGCAAACUGAAGGAGAACAAGUACAAGGAGGGACUCAAACCAGAGGCCAUCGCUUUCCUGCUCGUCUGCCUGCUUAUAGUUGUAGAAAAUGCUGUGGUGCUGCUGGCCAUCUGGAAGAACAAGAAGUUCCACGUGCCCAUGUACUAUCUACUGGGCAACCUGACUCUCUCUGACCUGCUCGCAGGUUUCACCUACAUGGUCAACCUCAUAACAUCCGGCGCCAACACACUGAACAUGACCCCAGUGCUAUGGUUCCUGAGGGAGGGGGGUGUGUUCAUCAUGCUGGCCGCCUCUGUCAUCAGUCUCCUGGCCAUCGCCAUAGAGCGCCAUGUCACCAUGGUCAGGAUGAAGCCUUACCAGGGCGACAAACAGGGGCGGAUGUUCGCUCUGAUCGGAGCGAGCUGGGUGUUGUCUGUGUUCCUGGGGGUCCUGCCCGUCCUGGGCUGGAACUGUAUGGGACAGCUGAGCCAGUGCUCCACAGUCCUGCCACUCUACGCCAAGAGUUACAUCCUCUUCUGCAUCACCAUCUUCAGCGCCAUCCUCAUGUCCAUCGUUGUGCUGUACGUGCGCAUCUUCCGCAUCGUCAAGUCCAACACCCAGCGGCUCGCCUCAGUUCCACAGCGCAAAGGCCUUUACCGCAAGUCCCAGAAGUACAUGGCGCUGCUGAAGACGGUCACCAUAGUCCUGGGGGUCUUUAUCGCGUGCUGGCUGCCCCUCUUCAUCUUCCUGCUGCUGGACUUCUGCUGUCCGGCCAAAAGCUGCGAGGUGCUCUUCAAGGCCGACUACUUCCUGGGCAUCGCCAUGUUCAACUCCCUCCUUAACCCCAUCAUCUACACCCUGACCAGCAAGGACAUGAGGAAGGCCAUCAUCAGGCUGCUCUGCCGACCCUGCCUCCUCACAAAAGACGGACAGGUGAAGAAGAUCGGCAUCCCCUUCCUGGAGUGCAGCACCAGCAAGACGGACGCGGCCUCUCACAGGCUGGAGGGACUGGAGACGACGGUGUCCUCCGGUAACUUUACACCCUCGACCGUCAAAGCCAUCUAUCCCAGGAUGAGCAAAACAUGACACGCGUCUUUGGCCCGAGAGCAAGCAUGCAGACUGAUAACUGGACCACUAACUGAGUUGCAUAAUGUGCUCAAGUGGAGCAGACGUGAGAAGACCUGAGGUUUUAUGUUGCACUCUGUCACGCAUUAAUAUUAUUUAAUUUUUUUUCAUGAGCAGCAUAAGGUCAAUGUAUGUGAUAAAUGUCCAAAUUGGGAGAGAGAAUAACUUUUUUUUUUCAUUUUGCCUACUUCUACAACAGUGUUGUCACGAAACAGAUUCGUGGAAAAACUAGAAUUACAUUCGUCUGUUGAGACAAAACAAGGCCAGUAUUUGUCAGAGGAAGUUCGUUCAGGCAAAAUAUCAUUUCACACUUUGAAGUUGAAGACGUGUCACACAAAUGCAGCCCAUUAUGCUGUAAAUCUGAGAUCCCGGGCUGAAGUGCCAAGCAUGAGAUUUAUCCUUAUCUCCUCUCCCCUUGUAGCACAUAAUGACAUGUUGUUACGCGCAUGGAGCAUCCACACCCAAAGUCUGCAGCCAAAACCAUGUAAUUUCUACCAUGUGAGUUUUGGUCAGCACCGGUGCUGGGGAGAGGUGCGCUCUGCCGACAUCAGAGGCUCGGUAGGCUGGAGACGCUCUGAGGACGUCAUACGGCGAGUUGCGCCAGGCGGUUUUCGCAGCUUUGGAGGUCCCUCGAACAUAUGUAGCAACACAUGAUGAGUGAGUAGAAGCAAUAAAAGCUGACAGUGGAGGUUUGUUGACGCCUCCCUGGUUUAACAAACUAUAAUAUUGCAGUUAUACGCCGGAGAUUGUGGCCAAAAAUGAGUCUUUCUUGUUGGGAUAAACUUCAUCUUACCAUGAAAUUAUGCUAUGCGACGAUUUUUAAUCGAGAAAGACGAGACAGGAAGACAAAGAUAUUCUUGUCUUUCAGAUCUGUCAAAACCUAGACAAGAGUGUGUGGGCUUCAGAGAACUGAGGAAUUUCAUUUAGUGACAUAAACAUGGGACAUUUUCCUAAUUGUAAUACUGUACAUAAAUGUAAAGAGAUUAAAUAUAUUUUCCACUGAUGAUUUCUUUUAGUACACUCUGUAAAUAUAUCUAUAGCCUUUGUUUGAGCUGCAUUUUGUAUUGUGGAAAAAACUUCAUUUAAGUUAUGUCAGUUUUAUAUGUGCACUGAAUAAACAUGUGAAUUAUGUUUA